CCGUGGGACCUAAUGUAGGGUAUUCACAUCAGACAUCUGGACAUUUGACAAACUCUUCUUGGGACUGUCCAUACUUAUGAUGCUUUGGGCUGGUGUGUAUGUUUCCCUCUGUCUGUUUCUUCCAUGUGUUGUUCAUGGAGAAAAAGUGCUGGUAUUUCCAAUGGAAGGGAGCCACUGGGUGAACAUGAAGAUCCUCAUUGAACAACUACAUUCGAGAGGCCAUGAGAUUACAGUCGUUCGCUCCAAUGACAGUUGGUACAUCAAGGAAAACUCUUUGUUAUACACUUCAAUCACAGUGAACUUUCCCUCUGGGUUUGAUGAAAAUCUCAUAUCAGAUUAUGUGUCUAAGUUGUUGGAAAUCCAACGGCAAGGAAAGUCUGCCUGGAUGCGUUUCAAUUUUGAAAUUGAGAAUACACAGACAGGUCUUGAAAUCCAUAGAAAAUGUAGUCAAAUGGUUCAAGGCCUCAUGGAAGAUGAAAUUAAAAUGAAGUUCAUUCGUGAUUCAAAAUUUGAUCUUAUUCUGACUGACCCUGUCAUUCCAACUGGGGUUAUCAUGGCCCACUAUCUGGGUUUGCCUCUUGUCUAUAAUGUCAGAUGGGCCACGUUGGGUGAAGCUCAUUUAUCAUUUGCUCCUUCGCCUCUGUCCUAUAUACCAUUGACUGGGACUAUGUUCUCAGACAAAAUGAGCUUUUUUGAACGAGUUGUUAAUGUUUUAGUGUAUGCAGUGGGAUACAUGCAAAUAUCAUAUUGUGUUUCACCGUAUCAAGGUCUAAUUGAAAAGUAUGUAGGCCCAGAUGAAGACUAUUUUUCCAUCUUUUUAAAGGCUGACAUUUGGCUCAUGAGAGUGGACUUUGUGUUUGAGUUUCCACGUCCUACAAUGCCUAAUGUGGUGUAUAUGGGAGGGUUCCAGUGCAAACCUGCUAAACCACUCCCUCAGCACCUAGAGGACUUUGUUCAAAGCUCCGGAGAACAUGGAGUUAUAAUAAUGUCACUUGGGACUUUGAUUGGCUCUCUACCACAUGACCUUAGUGAGGAGAUUGCAGCAGCAUUUGCCAAAUUACCACAGAAAGUAAUCUGGCGGUACACAGGGGACAAGCCAUCUACGCUGGGAAACAACACGUUACUUGUUGAAUGGAUGCCUCAGAAUGACCUCCUUGGACACCCAAAGACUAAGGUGUUUGUAGCCCAUGGAGGAACAAAUGGUAUCCAGGAAGCAAUCUAUCACGGAGUCCCAAUUUUAGGGAUACCUCUAGUUUUUGAUCAGCCAGAUAAUCUGUUCAGAAUUGAUGAAAGACAAGCAGGAAAGACAGUAGAUAUCUUCACAAUGAAUAGGGAUACAUUUUAUGAAAGUCUUCAAGAAGUUUUAUAUGAGCCAACUUACAGAAAUAAUAUGCAAAGGCUGUCCAGGCUACACAGAGACACGCCAGUGAACCCCCUGGACAACGCCAUCUUCUGGAUAGAGUUUGUCAUGAGACACAAAGGAGCAGCUCACCUCAGAACAGAAUCAUACAAAAUGCCCUGGUAUUCCUACCACUCUGUAGAUGUAAUCCUCUUCUUAGGUGUAGUUUGUUUUUUAACUUUCAUUUGCAUUCUUGCUCUAUUUCGAAGUUUAUACAACAAAUGUUUUACUCGAAUGAAAACAAAAAUGAACUAACAUUACAAAUGUAAGAGCAUUAUGUUUGUUAUUAUUAGGGAUGUAACAAUAACUGACAUAUUGAUAUUAUAUUAAAAGACUCACAUCACGUCAGUAUCAUGGAGUGUCGCAAUAUCACAAGUUCCUUUGUUUAAAUGCUUUGUUUCGUUUCAGCAGCUAUAAAAACAGAGGAAGUAGCAUUUCUUCAAUUCUGCUAAGGUCUCCACAAAAUCACAAUAAAUAUCUAACUGAAUGAAAUGCAUAUUGCGACAAUGUUGU